GCAGCCGGCAGGAGAAGACACCUGCGAUCACUUGGGCUGUGCCUGGCUCCAGCUCUCGGGUAUCUCUCCCGGUGAAGCCAGGCGGCAGCCCCGGGGCUCAUCCCUUCACAGGGCACCGCGGAAAAGACCCCUGGGAGAAGCGGCUCCCUGCCCCGUUGCUCCACGGCUGGAGAGUGGGACGUGCCACCCUGCUGUCGGCACUCUCGGUUGCGUGUGUCCGGGCACCCUCCUCCUGCUGCCACCGUCCCCCUGUGACAUGUCCCGUCUCCCACAGGACAGAGGGGUCAAGGUCCCCCAGCAGCUGGGGAAGGGCCCCAGCGCCUUCAUCCCCCUGGGAGAGAUCCUGCAGGAAGGUGCGGAGAGCAGCCGGCGCCAGCUCCUCAUCGAGGCCUUUGUCUCGGCGGGCAGGGUGGACAACAUCACCAUGGUCAUGGGGCUGCACCCCCAGUAUCUCAGCAGCUUCUGGAAGACCCAGUACCUCCUGCUGCGCAUGGACGGGCCCCUGCCCUACCACAAGCGCCACUACAUCGCCAUCAUGGCAGCAGCCCGGCACCAGUGCUCCUACCUGGUGGGUUUGCACAUGGGGGAGUUCCUGCAGGUGGGGGGCAACCCCGCGUGGCUGCAGGGGCUGCACUGUGCCCCCCAAAAACUCAGGAACCUCAAUGAGAUCAACAAACUGCUGGCGCACCGGCCCUGGCUCAUCACCAAGGAGCACAUCGAGGGCAAAGAUGCCAUGCAGGAGGUGGAGGUGCUGAUGGAGAGGAUGAAGCUGCUGCAGGAAAGCCAGCUGGAGGAGGAGGGUGUCACGCAGGAGGAGAUGGCAACGCGCUUUGAGCUGGAGAAGACGGAGAGUUUGCUGGUCGCUCCCUCGGAUAUUGCGGAUCACUCCCUGCAGUCCAACGUCCUCUGCUUCGUGGAGGACCCCGAGUUCGGGUACAAGGACUUCACACGGAGGGGCGAGCAGGCGCCCCCAACUUUCCGUGCGCAGGAUUACACCUGGGAGGACCAUGGCUACUCGCUGAUCAACCGCCUCUACCCCGACGUGGGGCAGCUCCUGGACGAGAAGUUCCAGGUUGUCUACAACCUGACGUACAACACCAUCGCCAUGCACUGCGGCGUGGACACGUCCAUGCUGCGCAGGGCCAUCUGGAACUACGUCCACUGCGUCUUCGGCAUCCGCUACGAUGACUACGACUAUGGGGAGGUGAACCAGCUCCUGGAGCGCAGCUUGAAGAUCUACAUCAAGACAGUGGCUUGCUACCCGGAGAAGACGACCAAGCGGAUGUAUACGCAGUUCUGGAGACACUUCAAGCACUCGGAGAAGGUGCACAUCAACCUGCUCUUGCUGGAGGCUCGGAUGCAGGCGGCUCUGCUCUAUGCCCUGAGAGCUGUCACCCGCUACAUGACCUGACCGGCCUCUGCUCCCUCCUCCUCCUCCUGCCCCCGGUUUGGGGGAAAGGCCAGGGGGGAGCUGGUACCCUAAAGACUUUGCUGGAAUAUUGUCUCCCCCCUUAAGGGGCCGGGAGCUGUGGAAGGAAAGGGGGGGCUUCCCUGCCCCCUCAUCCCAGAAGAGGGGAUCCCCAAGAAGCUGUCAGUGCCGAGAAGACCCCGGAGUGCUGCCCUGGGCUUGGCAGAGCUGGGGGUGCUCGACUGCUCUGUGCCUUUCUUGGGGUGAGCCUGAAUGAAGCCAAACCAGGGUGCCUGCGGGCGCUGCCUUCGCCAUGCAGCGCUGGUGUUACACCCCUGUGCCAUGUCCUGGCACCAAGACUGCCGCCGCGGAGGACUGUCCUCGUUUGCAGAGAUCGCCAGAGGGUAUCGCGGGCUUUACCCCUGCUUCUCGGGGUCUCGUUGUGCUGGAAGACAUGCAGCUGCUGGUGGGGAUGCUGCCCUGGCACCCCCUCCCCACCUCUCUGGCUCGCACCCAAGGAAGGCACCGCAGGAGUGGUGGGAAGGAUCCGGCCAUCCCGUCGCCCAGUCGGGCAGCCCCCCGGUGCCACUCGUCUCCGAGCUGAGUUCCCCCACGGCAGGGUCCGAAUGGCUGGGGGAGAGGCUGUGGCUCCUCCCUGCCCUGGCCCCGAGUGUUUCUGCUGCCUUCGGUGCCUGCUGUGACAUGGGGACGUCCCCUCCAUGGCUGGGGGUGCGCGCAGCCCCUCGCUGCUCUUCCCCGUGGACCCUGGCACGGCUGGAUCCCAACCCAGCCCUCGGAGCGGGGCUGGCGGGGCUGCAGGAGGGGUUAAGCCCUGCCCCGUCAUGCCUGCCCGAGCCCUCUGCAAUUUGGGAUGUGAAGUGCCUCUUAAAUCUAGGUCCCGGGACAGGAGCAGGGUGAGGGUAGGAGUGCCUGUGGUGUGUUUGAUAUCUUUUUUUUUUUUUUGCAUCAUUUUUUCAGCCGCUGGCACAUCUCUGCUGCCUCAACCUUCGUGGCUGAGGCGGGGAGCUGUACUGGGGCGCGGGGCUGCCUGUGGCUGCCCUCCUGCCUGCUGUGAGGGUGACGGGGUGGGACGUGGGGUGGCCAUAGCUUUACCCAGAUGUGCCAGAGCAUUUCCCAGCGGUGCGGGUCGCCGGGGAGGUGCCUGUUCGGGACAGCCCCCGCUCCCGGCUCUGCUGGAACGUGGGUCCAGGUCCAGCAGCAUCGCCUGCCGCUCGGCCACUCUUGGUUUGUCUCUGCUGUACCGUAGGUCCAGUUAAGUUAUUUCUAUAUUUUUGGGUGUAUUUACUCCUGUCUGGGCGUGGAAGUGCCACUGUGACUCGGCUACAGGUCUUGUUCGAAAAAAUAAAAUUGUUCU